AUGGCUCCAUUCCCCAAACUGCCCCUGGACGACAAGCACGAGGGGAAGGGUGAUGGAGCACAGACUGGCUCCCAAGACCAAUCUGAGGCCAAGCCUGUGAAUCAAGAUAAUCAGGGCCAGCCACAACUACAGCCUCUCUCGGAGGAACAGAUCCAGGACUGCCUUCGCCGCGCGAACCAAGUAUACUUGGACCCCCGAACUAAUACCGCCCGACGCAAUACCAACGUCCCUGCCGGUCGUAACCGUAACAGAAGCAGGGCCAUAUCAUACUCGACCCCUCCGCUACUCAAUCUACCGCAAUCGACCCCGAGUCAGGCCCCGAACCCGACCCAGCUCGGAACCUCCGUCCCGCGCAUUGUCCUCACCGACACUGACGCACUUUUCGGUACCACAGCCGAUCGAGACUUACUUCUCACUGGAUCACGCGCUCGUGGUCUCGCUUCUGGCUCUGGACGUGGUCGUGGACACUCUUCAGCAUAUGAACCAGCCCACUCCCUACCCUCUCUACCCCACUACUCUGACCGCCGUGCCGCACCUGGACGUGGUAGAGGUCGACCUAUCACCGUCGGAGCUUACGACAACCCCGUUGACGAGUCUGAACAUCGUCGUGCCGAUCGCGAAGCUCGCAUCUCAGCCAUCAACCAACAGCGCGAGGUCUUACGUACCCAGAGACUUCAAGAUCGCGAGGCCGAAGAGUACUACAGCCAACAGCAACGCCAGCAAGCUCAAGGCCAGCCUCUCCCCCCUUCGCACUCUCGACCGCUCCCCUCGCCGCCUUCUGGAACAUAUCCCGUCGGCACCCCUAUACACCUGAGACGUCCCGAGCCCCUUGCUGGUCAACAGCAUACCCAGCCGCCGAGGUCUCCCCCCGACCAAGAUCAGCAAAGCUCGCCCACUGGCGACAGUGAGGCAUCUGACGAGUCAGAGUUCCAUAUUGGAACUGCCCGUAUAGGCUACAAAGUCGUCGCGCGCACUCCUCGGUCGUUGCCCUCGUCGUCCACGGACCGUCCGGCGCUCACGCGGUCCUUCCCUGCGCAAUCGCUGCUCUUGCCCCCUUUGUCGUCGUCCGUUGAUCGCAAGCACGCUUCGUCCCAAGUUUCGUCUUCGAAGGGCUCAUCGAAUAAAGACGUCCCUUCCAAGAACAGCAAGAAAGGCCGCACACCAAGUGCAGCAGUCUUGGGACCCACCGGACUACCUUCUGUCUCUGAGGAAGGUUCUGACGAAGGAGUUGCGUCUGUUGACGAAGACGAGGACGAAGAAGAAGAAGAGCCCAUCGGCCUCUUCAACUCGCAACGUCCUCGCGACUGGGAACGCCGUGACGAUCAAGGUCCUCCCCCCGCUGGUAGUACUAGAAGUACUGCGGGAACUGGCAAAUCCGGCUCACGGAGCACUGAUCGCGGAAGCAGCAACGAGAAGCGCAGCUCUUCUGGUGGCAUCAAGCACUCUCGUUCCUUCUUCGGACUCAAGAAGAAGAGCGAGAAGAGCAAGACAGCUACUGUCCUGCACUAA